UGGAAGCUGUCAGUAACACAGUUUGUAUCUCUGAUCAUUGAAUAAAUUAUAAACAUUCCUCCGGAUUGUCUCACUGCAGGGGAGCGUGCUUUUUUAAAACUUUAUAAAGAACUUAACUCGGGUUGUCACCAUGUUGGAAUCGAGCAUCAAGAACUUCAACAUCAAUUUCAACGUAGCGAGCGAGGGCGCGACAUUCCGCAGUGGGCAGCUGGUCUCAGGACACUUCACCUUCGACCUGAGCAAGAAGACCAAGAUCACCGACAUAUCGAUGCGUCUGAAGGGACAGGCCCACGUCCACUGGUCCACUGGUGGAGGGAAGAACAAGAGGAGGAGACACUUCAGUGGAAACGUCACCUACUUCGACCUGAAGAGCGUCAUCCUGCAGGAGAACUCAGCCACGGGUGAGUCGGUGAAACUCCAGCCUGGCAGGCACAUGUAUCCGUUUACAUGUCAGAUACCUCAGGGAGACUUCCCCACGAGCUUCAAGGGCCUUCAUGGAAAAAUAGAGUAUAUGUUAACCGUGAGCAUCAACAGACCUUGGCACAUGUCUAAGGACUUUGUGACUGAGUUAAACUUCCUAAGCAGCAUCAAUACCGACCAUCCAGAGCUGAGGGCUCCUCUCUCAGGCUCCAACCAAAUGACUCUGUGCUGCCUGUGGUGUGCCUCACCUCCUAUCACCAUGACAGUCAGUGUGGAGAAGAAAGCCUUUACUCCUGGUGAAACGGUGAAAAUAAUUUGUGACUUCAGUAACGGUUCAUCUCGCACAGUCACCUCGAAGGUGAGGCUGCUGCAGAAGCAAACCUUCCACACCAACGAAAGGGUCCAUACGAGGAUGUAUGACAAGAACUUGGCAUCAGGGAUCGGGCAGCCCAUCGACGCACACACCUGCAACGUGCACACUGAGAUGAUGGUCUUGAUUCCGCAGUCUGCAUCACUAUCCAUCUCUAACUGCAGCAUUGUGGUCCUUAGUUAUAUCAUCGAGGUGAGCCUGACAGUGUGCUCUGGCCCUGACCUCACCGUUCUGUUUCCCAUCAUCGUCUGUGAUACCCCUGUUCACCCUCAAGCCCUUCCUUAUGUGAGCGGCCCCCAUCAUGAACUACUUUUUACUUUUACUUGAGUAGAUUUUUAGAUGGGUACUUUUACUUGUACUUAAGUAAAAUUUCAUCAAAGUAAAGGUACUUUUAGUUGAGUACAAUAUUUCAGUACUUUUUACACCUCUGCAUAUUACCAAAGGCAUAAAACUUGCUUUGUGGAAACUGUCUGAAGCAUCUUACUGCCAUCACACAAGAUAUUAUACAGUUAUCUCAGCAUGAGUGUGUAUAAAUGUAUGUGUGUGAUUAUUGCCAAUGUUUACAGGACAUGUAUUCCUUGUCAAUAUAAGACUGAGUACACUGAGGUAGGAGGCAACAUAUGUUGUUAUAUGUUAUUGCUUUUUAUUCAAGCAGCUGCAUUGUUGUUAACGUUAUAAAAAAGUACAUUAGAAUAUGUUAUUGUACGUAUUGAGUUUUUAAAAAGGUUGAUAAUCACCAA